CAAGAAACAUCCUACCCGGUUGCUCUCCGUUCUCUCUCUCUCUCUCUUUCUCUCUUCGUCUGACUAAACAAUCGGUUUUUCAGUUUAUUCGUAGAAAAGUAGACGCAGUGUCGUGACAAGUGGUUGUUUGUUCUCCGUUAUUUGCAAAAUCACUGAUGAGAUUGAGGAUUUAAUGUGCGGUUGUGUGGUACCACGAUCGGAUAAGUUGGGAGCAAUGCCACUAGCCAGUGUUCACGGAUUAAGGUAGAUUAAGGUACAUUGCAGUGUUGAAUUGUUAGAGUAAAUAAAGUGUUAAGUGAGUUUGGGCGUACGAUGAUGCCGCUCGCACCGACGCCAAUAGUCCCGGUACCCUCGAAGCCGAAGAUCGGGUUUAGUAUUGACUCUAUUGUGGGUGGUGGUCGCGAUGACAGGCUGGAGAGACUGCACGAGAGGGUGGAGAUGGAGAGGGAUGGCAGUCCCACGGAGGUGGAGGGCUCCUCGUCGCCGAGGUCAUCGCGGCGGAUUGUCCGCUCACCGGGUGCACACUCCGAGGGCUCGGACAGGCCGCUGUCGCGGAGUUCGUCGAUCGAGUCGUAUCCGGUGACGAGACACAAUGGACAGAUGCAGAGGGGUCAUCAUCAUGUGCAGUCGUUGACGAGUCACAUGGAUUAUGGGAGGACGAGGAGUCACAGUGGUGCGUCGACACCGAAUAACAGUCCGAGCCCUCCGCACAGGAUAUCGCAUGGGGAUUCGCCGGGGCAUCAUCAGCCGCCACCGGGGGUUGUCAGGCCGAGUCCGAAUUAUCUGGGACCACCGGCCAGUGCGGCCACUGCUGCGGCCGUCGCUAGCGAACAGAUCAAGGCGCUGUAUGGACUCCCUGGACAUCCAGCGGCACCGCAGCCUGGACAAACGGAGUAUCACACGCAGCAGUUUGCUCUCGCCGCCAAUUUGGCUGCUGCACAGCACUUUCAGGCGUCCAAUUUGGCUGUCGCCCUUCAGGCGCAUCAUGGCGGAUCGCCUCAUGGACCACCCCACAGUCCGUACGGACAUGCCGGGGGACCUGGUCCUCAUCCACCACCACAUCCUCAUCAACCUCCUAGGGACAGUUAUCCGUUGUUUCCGUGGCUUCUCUCCAGACAUGGGAGACUCUUUCCUCACAGAUUUCCCGCUGGUCCAGACAUACCAGGUUUCCUCCUCCAACCAUUCAGAAAACCCAAGAGAAUAAGAACAGCAUUCAGUCCAAGUCAAUUAUUGAAACUCGAGCAUGCAUUUGAGAAGAACCAUUACGUAGUCGGAGCCGAAAGGAAACAGCUCGCUCAGGCGCUCUCAUUAACGGAAACACAGGUGAAAGUGUGGUUCCAAAAUCGCCGAACGAAGCACAAGCGAGUCCAACAAGAGGAGGAAGCUAAAGCACAACAACAGUCGGGCGGUGGCAAUAAUCCAAAUGGCAACGGCAACAAAAACACACACCACGUUAGCAAAUGGCAGCAAGACACCAGUGAUUAUCAUCACGAAGAAGAUGACGACGAUGAGACUGAAAUGAUUGAUCCAAAAGCCGAAGACUGCUCGAGUGGAUCCGAGGCGUAGCUGGACGUUGAGAAUUUCUGGUAAAAGAAUUAAUCGUUAAUCAGCGAAGGGGAUAUUGAAGGGAUGGCCCCUUGGGAGACCGGAAGGCGAGUCAACCGAGCAUCGGAAGUCAGUGUAAAUGGACCCCAUUGUCUGGUCAGACUGGAAACAAGACGCUAAAUGGCCACCGGAAACAACAAACUCCAAGAGUAUAAUUCUUCUUAGUUUUCUCCAGUUUGUUUGGCUCCUUUUAUAUCCCCUAAACACGACGUGAAGUUAAGCCAUAUAUUUAUACAAUGCCUAUUCGCGCCAUAGAGGAGGCCAUACGUGCUGUGUAAAUAGGAGACUUGAUCAUUGACAAAUGAGCAACGAGUGCCAAAUUGAUACAAAAAACUAAAUAACAUUGAACAUCACACAAAUGUUACUCAACGAACCCAGUGUAAUAAAUAAUCGUAAGGUGUAUGUACGGAUUAGAUUCGUUGUUCCCAGGAUAGUGUGGAAACAGGAGCAGUAUUCAAUAUUAAAAUGUCAUGGAUAGGAUGAUGAAAGAUUUAAAUUAUUUAGUGAAACUUAGGUGAAAGAAUUUAAGAUUUAAAGCGUGUAUAUAUUACUGUAAAUAGUCAAUUGUGAUUCUAACGUCGACGGUAAAUGAAUAUGAGAAAUAUAUUGUACGGAUGAACGAGAAAGAGGGGGAGGAUUAUUCGUGUUUCCUUGCGAUGUAGCUGAAGUGGAGAGAAAACUUGAAGUGA